AAAAAGGCGGAGAGCUCAGACACACCAAGUCACAGUGCACGAGGACGCGGAACUCAUCAAACCCCAAACUGUGUGUAUAGGAGUGAGUGUGAGUGAGUGUGAGUGAGUGUGUGUGAGUGUGUGUGUGUGUGUGUGUCCUGGGUUCGGUUCUGGUUUUCACUCCUGGUCCCACACACACACUCCCUCAGUCAUGCAGGUGAGCAGAACUUCCUCCUCCAUCAGCGUGUUCGCGGACUGCAGCAUACCCGCAGGCGCGCGCCUCGGACCGGUACCAGGAAUCUUCCGCCUGGGGAAGUGUGUCUCAGACCGGAAGGAAGUCGGAGUUAAAAAGAAGGUGCGCCUGGUCCGAGGGGAGUUUGUAGAUGAAUGUGGUUCUGCAGUCUCAGAUUGGAUUUUAUUAAUCCGAGCAGCGCGGAACAGUCAAGAACAGAACCUGGAGGCGGUGUCGGAUUUACCUGGUGGACCGAUAUUUUACCGCGCGCUCAGAGAAAUCCCGGUCGGAGAGGAGUUGAGUGUUUGGUACUCCGAGGUUCUGGCUCAAUGGUUCCAAAUUCCCACUACUGCAACACCUACACACGACGAGAGAGGUGAAGAACGUUACAUUUGCUGGUAUUGUUGGAGAAUUUUCCGGUACCCAAACACCCUGAAAGCACACGUGCAUUUUAAUUGUGCCCUCAGCUACACACGAACCCCCAUCAGUCACGAGCAUGCACCACGAGGACCUCCAGACAACACCAACUUCAGCCGAUCACCCAAGUCGGGCGAUAUCCCCAGUGGAGCAAGUGCUUCACCCUUUAACAACAAGGUCGCAGCAGCAGGAGGGUUGCCGCGGCGAGCCAGCCAGGAAGAGCAGGACCGAGCACUCGACAUGAGCGUGACCUCAUCAUCCAGGCACCAUCACGGCCUGAUCAGUGCCAGCUCCUGUGUGACAUUUCAGCCUGGCACUCGCUCAGCUUUCAUCCCUGCGGGAUUCAGCAAAAUGUUUCCUCCGGCUGAUGAAGCCACAAAUGGAAACACAAAAGCAGACACGACACUCAGCUUUGGAAAGCUCUCUCAGGUCUUGAAGCCUAGCCGCUCUUCUACCGACUCUGCGCCUCGAGGGUUUUCAAUAUUAUCUCAUUUCGAGGAGACCUCGGCUUUCAAGCACGUCUCCCCUGGAACUCGUUAUCCUCACAUUCCACCCGGUUUUCCUUUCGAGCGCAUAUCGUUACCGCCAUCUUACAACGGAGACGGUAAUGGUGUUCCUCUUGUUCCAUUCACUGUUUAUAACGGAGAACUGCUUUACGGUUCACCCUAUUAUCCACUAAAGCUCCACCUUCUCCGCUAUCCUGACUCGGUUUCCUCUUACUUUGGUGCUCCGGCUCUUAGGGCGGAUGUGAACCCGACCUGCAGCCCAGUGGACAGGGAGAUGAAUGUACAUGUGGAGAAAUCUCAAGUCAGACUGGAACCCCUGCCCUCAGUGACACAUGCACAUGCAGCGGCGGCAGCAGGAGCAAACGCAGUCGCGGGCAAACCGAAGAAAGGUCACUUGUGUCUGUACUGUGGGAAGCUCUACUCCCGGAAGUACGGACUAAAGAUCCACAUGCGGACACACACAGGCUACAAGCCGCUCAAAUGCAAGGUGUGCUUCAGGCCGUUUGGUGACCCGAGUAACCUCAACAAGCAUGUCCGCCUGCACGCUGAGGGGAACACGCCGUACCGAUGCGACUACUGCGGGAAAGUGCUGGUGCGCCGGAGAGACCUCGAGCGCCACGUCAAGUCCAGACACCCGGGACACCAGAGCAUGAAAAAGAGGUUGGGCGAGGAAGAAGAGCAGGCUGAAGAUCACGAUCAUGGAGAGGAGCUAAAGAGCGACGAGGACAGUGACGUAGACGUCUGCUUCACAGAUGAACAGAGCGACCAGGAGUCCAACCAAAAAUAACCUCUGAUUCCACAACGAACUUUUACAUUUAUAGUGAAUUAUUAAUAUAUAGUACACAUUCAUUAAAUAACCACGAUACACAACGGACUAUUAAAUAAAGGUAUCAUUUUAAAGUAUUUAAAUCGAGUCCCAUGACAUUUCAGACCUGCGUACAAAAUGGUGUCCAGCUCACAGUCUCCUGCUGCAGUGUGAACAGUGCAACAAGCCCAUGCUGACUUCCCCUUCACACUUCCCCUGGGGUCAGGGCUUAUUUAUGUGACCUGAUGAAGCCACACCCCUUUGACCUCAUCAUUUAACUAGAAAAUGAUGGCUAUUUAAAUUAUUCAGUAAGAACAUUUCCUGCAGCUGGGCAUUAUGGGAUUGCAUAAAGCUGAAAUUUGAAUCCCGUAGCGAAAUCCAUGCACACGUGUUGGAAUUUAAGUAUACUUUUUGGAAAAGUGGGAAAAUGCAACAGUUUGUUGGAUUGAUCCGGAAUUUCCACCACAGCUUUUGGAUCAGAAUCAAAUUUUAGGCGUAAAUUUCCCUGAAUGUGGAGCUGCACUUUAUAGAAACAGUACAAUAUAACACUAAUGUGAACAAGUGUGCAGAUCUCAUUUUUCUACAUCACUUCCUCCUUCUCUACUUUUAUUACGUUUCAAACUUCCUGUAUUUUUAAUAAUAUAAUGUGAGUGUCAUUAAACUCCACCUCCACGUCCUGUUACACACUAUUGCACUUAUUUCCCUCCAGAUGUGUUUCCUGUAAAACUACAGGCUUCAGGUAUUACAGCUAACCCUUCUUCAUCAUAAACAUCAUCUUCAUCUUCAUCUUCAUCUUCAUCAUCAUCAUCAUCAUUAUUAUUAUUAUUAUUAUUAUUAUUAUUAUUAUUUGCGCUUGUUCUUAAUGUUUUUAUGUGAGAUGUAAUUAUGAUAUAAUUUGCUGUAUUGUGUUCAUAAUUGAUAUUGUAAAAGGAAAUAUUUUCCUCAAUCAAAUUCC